GAAUAGGACAAAGUUUGAGGAGUGAACAUGACAUCACUAAAGCUUUCUCUCCACCCUAAAUAUUGUGGGAUGGAGGUACACAUUGUCAGGAUCUAAACUCGGAUUCCUCAGAGGUGACAGGGAGAAGAACAACAGAUGCCUUAGGAUUUGGGAGUUUGCUGUUUCCGCCGGUACCUGGUGCAGAUCCCAUAUGAAUAUCUGAGCUACAGUGAGAAAGGGCAGCAAACGAAAGAGUGGGGACAUUCCCAGCAUGAGAGCAGAGAGAAAGAUAUGCAAAACUUAGACUUUCUGCUUUUCAUGCAAACCAAUGACUCCAGGAGAACAGAGCUUUUGUAGCAAGUUAAGAAAUAUUGCACUGAAAAGUACUUGCCCUUGUGCUAAAAUUGCUGCCAGUCUACUCAAAGACCAGACAGCGCGGUGGGCAUCAAAUAUCUGCAGUAAAGGAUACAUCACAGAUUACGCUGAGGUCCUGAUUUGUAUUGUUUCCAUGGAGUGGUCACUGCAGUUUUGGAUUGUCAUUCUGUGUCUGAAACGGUGUGGGAGUCAGGCUUCUAAGAACUAUUCUUGGUUUCAAGAUCAACCAGGCUUCAAAGUCCUGACCACAGCCUCACAUUAUUGGCCUCUCGAGGUGGUGAAUGGAAUUCUGCAGCUGCAUCGCAACAGUGAUAUAACUGUCGCCAUCCACAACGUCACUGUGCUUCAUUCCCAUACCUCUUCCUCUGUUCAUAUCAAUGAUUCUGCCUACUCUAACUCCUCUGCAACUGUAGAGAUCGUAGAAGGGACAGUGAACCAGGGAAUUUUCCUGAAUGAGAACCUCAAUGAACCCAAUGGAUUUUCUCUUUUAUACUUUGGAAGCUACAAAAAUUCCUGCAUCAGUAACCCAAGUAUUUGCGGGCCUUCAGGAGUAACAUUUUCCUUUUUCUGGAAGAGCCAAAACCAAAAGGACAGCAAUCAAGAUCACCAUCAGAAUAGAAAGCACGCACGUGCAUCAGGGAAAAAAGUGACAUCUAGCGGAUUUGAAGUCUUCUCGGAUGAAACAGAGGGUUAUGUAGUUGUUUACAACCAUAACAAAUCAUUGAUAUGGAAAGCAAAGAUCAACCCCCCAGGUCCCCACUGGACACAUGUCUUAUUCACCUGGACUUCGAGUGAUGGCCUGAAAAUUUAUGUUAACGGUACAUUUAGCUCCAGUGACUCACAUGGACAGGAAUUCCACAGUUAUGGAGAUGCAAACGGCAGUCUGGUUGUGGGGACAAGCACUGAUUCCUCCAAACAUUACAUAAACUGCGCAUUUGAUGAGUUUGUCAUCUGGGAGAGAGCUCUUAACCCCUCUGACAUCCAUUUCUACUUUUUGGCUGCCACUGGUAAAGAAGCCUUUAUUACUUCUACAACCUCAAUCUUCCCCAGAACUUCACUUCCUACGGUUUCCACGGAUGCAUAUUAUUCCAUGUUGACCAACCUAAACCAAGAGGGAGGGAGUUUUCGUCACUCCAAACCUGCUUUGGACUUGCUGCAGAAUGUGACAGGGUCCAUGCCCAAAAAGUCCUGGUCAAAAGACACAGUGGGAAAGCUAACCGAGACAUUCCUGAAAACAGUGGGAGAGGUUUUGAUGCCUGCAGGGACUGAUGACUCCACUUCUCAGGAUGACGUGGGGGGUCUUAUUGAAACUGUUGAUCAAGUGAUUGGACAUAUGGCAGUCAACCUUCAAGAAAACCAAUCAGAUAUUGUAACACUGGAGGGAAAAUCAUCUGUUGCAGAUUAUUCCAUGGUGAAGGUGCCUCAAGCUUUGAGUUUACGCCACUAUCGCUUUCCGUCUCAAGGGCAGUCUUAUAUUUCUGUUCCAGGAGAAGCUUUUCAAGGCAAAUCACGAACCACCAUUGUUGGAUUGCUUUAUCAUACGAUGCACUACCUCUAUAAGUGGAUCAAGCCCGGUGAUACCAGGAUAUCAGGCGCAGAGCAAUAUAAAGAUCACUUGAUUGCUGCCAGUUACAUUAUCUCUCUAAAAGUGGAGCCUCCUCCGAAUCUGUCUGCAAAUCUCUCUGGAUCCCCGUUGAUUACAAUUCAGCUGACGCACAUUCUGACCCCCAAACUUUAUGCUGAAGCUGUGAAUGACAGUAACCAUGUGUAUAUGUACUGUGCCUUCCUAAACUUCAGUUCGGGCUCUGGAAUAUGGUCCAAUAAAGGCUGCAUUCGCGUUGAAGGCAACUUGAAUUACUCUGUCUGUCGCUGCAAUCAUCUUACAAAUUUUGCUAUUCUGAUGCAGGUGGUCCCAUUUAAGGUUGCGGAAAGCCACAAGGUGGCACUGUCCUCCAUCACUUACAUUGGUUGUUCCCUGUCUAUCUUCUGCCUGGCAAUUACAUUGGUCACAUUUGCUAUAUUGUCGUCGGUCAGCACCAUAAGAAAUCAGCGAUAUCAUAUCCAUGCCAACCUCUCCUUUGCAAUCCUGGUGGCACAGAUUCUGCUCCUCAUAAGCUUCCGUUUUGUGUCAGGGACGCUGCCAUGCAAGAUCAUAGCCAUCCUGCUCCAUUUCUUCUUUCUGAGUGCAUUUGCCUGGAUGCUUGUGGAAGGUCUGCACCUCUACAGUAUGGUGAUUAAGGUGUUCGGUUCAGAAGAGAGCAAACACCUCUAUUAUUAUGGAAUUGGAUGGGGCUCUUCACUUGUUAUCUGCAUUGUAUCUGUAACAUCUGCACUGGACAGCUAUGGAGAAAAAGGAAAUUGCUGGCUUUCUCUUGAAAAGGGAGCGAUCUGGGCUUUUGUGGCACCGGCACUGUUUGUGAUUGUGGUUAAUAUAGGCAUCCUUAUAGCAGUCACCAGAAUCAUUUCCAGAAUCAGUGCUGACAACUACAAGGUGCACAGAGAUGCAAAUGCCUUCAAGUUGACAGCUAAAGCCGUUGCUGUGCUUUUGCCAAUUCUAGGCAGUUCCUGGGUCUUCGGAGUUCUUGCUGUUAAUGACCAAACCAUUGUUUUUCAAUACAUGUUUGCGAUAUUCAACUCUUUGCAGGGGUUUUUCAUCUUUCUUUUCCACUGCCUCCUGAACUCAGAAGUAAGAGCAGCAUUCAAGCACAAAACCAAAGUUUGGUCACUCACCAGUAGUUCCAUUCGCAACAUCAAUGUGAAACCUUUCAACUCAGACAUUAUGAACGGAAACAGAGCCAACACGACUCCUACAAAGAUGAAUACAUGGGAUAAAAGCAGCAACUCAGCCAAUAGGAUUGACUUGUCUGCAGUGUGAAGUAGAGAGGACUCCACUGUCAACAAUGAAGACCUAUAGUGCCUUUCAUGUACUUUAUUGCCUUAAUUCAAGUUCAUGCCAUCCUUUCUCACUUACAAAUACACACAACAAAGAAAACA